AUGCUUUCUUUUUUUGCAAGGAUAUUCGUUGUUGCUUUUUGUCUCUGUCAUGUACCGAUCACUGAACAACAGUAUACACCCGAUUGGACAUCAUUAGAUUCACGUCCGUUGCCAGCGUGGUAUGAUGAGAGUAAAAUAGGUAUUUUUAUCCAUUGGGGUGUGUUCAGUGUGCCAUCGAUUGGUUCAGAAUGGAUGUGGUGGCAAUGGAAGGGAAAUAAUCCAAGUGCGAAUAUCGUUGCUUUUAUGAAUAAAACUUAUCCAGCAGAUUGGACAUAUGCAGAUUUUGCAGAACAGUUUCGUGCAGAGUUUUACAAUCCAGACGAAUGGGCUGAUAUACUUGCAGCUUCAGGUGCCAAAUAUGUUGUACUUACUAGCAAGCAUCAUGAAGGUUUCACCUUAUGGCCAUCGAAAUACUCAUUCAAUUGGAACGCAAUGGACGUUGGUCCUAAACGGGAUUUACUUGGUGACCUUGCUAAAUCAAUUCGUGCUCGAACAAAUAUUACCUUCGGUUUAUAUCAUUCAAUGUUUGAAUGGUUUCACCCACUCUAUCUUGAGGAUAAACAAAGUGGUUUUAAAACACAACUAUUUCCUAACAUGAAAACUCUUCCGGAACUCUUUGAAAUUGUUGAAACAUACAAGCCUUCAGUCAUCUGGUCGGACGGAGACUGGGAGGCGCCAGAUACAUACUGGAACUCGACUCAAUUUCUUGCAUGGCUUUACAAUGAAAGUCCAGUCAAAGAUACCGUCGUUGUCAAUGAUCGAUGGGGUAGCGGUAUUCCUUGUCAUCAUGGUGGCUACUAUACUUGUUCAGACCACUACAAUCCAGGACAUCUCGUCACACACAAAUGGGAGAACUGUUUCACCAUUGAUAAAAACUCAUGGGGUUUUAUUCGAACGUCUGGCGUCAAUGAUUAUCGUAGUAUUCAAGAAAUUCUUAUGGAAAUAGUAACAACUGUUAGUACCGGUGGCAAUGUUUUGAUUAACAUUGGUCCAACUUCGUAUGGAAAGAUUGCACCAAUCUUUGAAGAACGUCUUCGUCAAAUGGGAUCUUGGCUCAAAGUCAAUGGUGAAGCCAUCUACCACAGUGUUCCAUGGAAAUAUCAAAAUGACACCAUCAACUCCAAUGUUUGGUACACUGCAUCAAAAGAUGGUCAAUCUGUGUAUGCAUGUCUUCUUGUUUGGCCAAACAGCACAAGUGAGAUCAAUCUUGGUGCACCGGUAACCUCGGCAAGCACAACAGUAUCACUUCUUGGAUCGUCUGGUGGUCCAUUGAGCUGGCGUUCGGGAGGUGCAAGUGGUGGAAUAGUAAUUGAUGUAUCGAGUGUAAAAAUCUAUUCGCUCGCAAGUGAUUGGACAUGGGUUUUUAAACUCCAAAACGUUACUCCAAAGAAAACUACAAGAAAAUUCAAAUUUCAUGGAAAACAAUAUGAAUGA